AUGGAUCAGCAACAACAGCCUGAUCUGUCACAGUUGCCUCAUCCGACGGAGGAUAACCUGACAUCGAUCCUUGCAAACCGAUUCCAGCAGGGUCAGAUCUACACACGAAUCGCAUCUUCCGUCCUCCUCCAACUUAACCCUUUCAUCCCCGGUAGAACUGAUAUAUCAGAGGCAGUACUCCAGGACCAGGUCUUGACAUACAAAGAUGGCGCACGCCUCGUACCAACAGAUCAAGUCAACAAAAGGGAUCCAUCACAACAACGACCCAUCACAGGAAGUAUACCGGCCCCACAUGCUAUCCAACUUGCCACGAGUGCAUAUCUACAUAUGCGCAGAACAGGUCAGGACCAAUCCAUUAUUACCAGUGGCCAAAGCGGAAGUGGAAAAACAGAGGCCGCUCGUUUGGUAAUCCGCCAACUAUUGGCACUGAGCAGCCAGCCCAAGAAGGAGGCACGGGUUCAAAAUCAGAUCUUGGCCGCAAGUGUCAUCAUCGAAGCCUUUGGACAUGCCAAGACCAGUCUUAAUAUCAAUGCUUCUCGUGUUGGACGUUUUACAGAAUUGCAAUUUAAUGAACGCGGUCGUUUGUUGGGUGCCAAAAUGCUGGAUUAUUUCCUGGAGAAGAAACGUAUCAGCCAUUCAGCCUCAGUACCAGAUGAACGCAAUUUCCAUAUCUUCUACCAAUUACUCGCAGGUGCAAGCACAGAAGAGAAGACUUUUCUGAAAUUGACAGAGGGACAGUUUCAUUACCUAUCCCCAGCAUCACUCAACAGGAACAGGACACUGCCAGGGAUGGACGAUGCGACUGAAUUCGCUAACCUCAGGAUGGCGCUCAAAGUAAUGGGCUUUCAAAAGACACAGGUCGCUCAGAUUUUCCAACUCGUGGCGGCAGUUUUACAUCUCGGCAAUUUGACAUUUAUGGAGGAUGCGACCCACACAAACGACGCCUGUGUGGUGAGGAAUGUUGACACUCUGAUCUUUGUGGCCGACAUCUUAGGAGUUGAUCCGAACGCCCUUCAGAAUACAUUGACCUACAAGACGAAGAUGAUCAAGAAGGAGCUUUGCUCAGUCUUCUUGGACGCUCAAGGUGCAGAGCAGCAACGAGACGAAAUGGCGCAAGCACUGUACUCCCUGCUGUUCUCAUGGAUUGUCGAGUAUUUCAACGUCAAGCUCUGUCAUGAGGCGCCAGCCAACUUUAUUGGAGUAGUUGAUAUGUUUGGGUUCCAACAAUUCAGCGUCAACAGACUGGAUCAGUUCUGUGUCAACUAUGCGAAUGAGAGGCUUCAUCAGUUCUUCCUCAACCAUGUCUUUGAGGCUAGCUAUUCAGACUAUGAAGUUGAGGGCCUUUCCAUCCCUAGGACACACUUUUUUGACAAUGCAGCCUGUUUACAGAUGUUAGGUAUGGAGUCCGAGGAAGGAUUGAUCGGUAUCAUGUCGAACCAGUCCCGCCAUAUUGGGCGCAAGACGGAUGCCACAAUGUUGGAAGCAUUUUCGAAACAAUAUCCCAGACAUGAUUCUUUGACCAUUACCCGAAAUAUGAACACACACCCAUCUUUCACGAUCCAGCACUUCUUGGCACCCGUUACAUACACAGUCGAGGGAUGGUUAGAGCAAAAUGUGGAUAACCUCAGCUCUGACUUUGUAACACUUUUCCGAGGUGGACCCGGUGUUUCGCCUAGUAUGAAUCCAUUUGUCAAAGGACUUUUCACAGACAAAGCCCUGACAACCGAAUCGCAUCCCCGCAAUAACAAUACUAUCGUUGCUGCACAGCAAUCAAAUAAGCCUAAGCGUGCUCCUUCGAUGCGCCGACCUAAAAAGGUUGAAGAUACAUCAGCGAAAACGGAAAAGUCUGGUGACAGUGGCAGUUCCACUGUAGGUAAAGUGAUCUCUAUGGCAGCGCAGAUCCAAUCUGCUACCCAGGAACUAUGCGAUUCUUUAGCGGAAACGACUCCUUGGUUCUUGAUCUGUCUCAGAUCCAACGACACAGGCAUGCCGAACCAUGUAGAUUCUAUCACUCUCAAGGCCCAGGUCCGUUCUCUCUGCUUGGCUCAGGCUGCUCAAAGACUUGCCAUCGAGUACACGAUCAGUUGCACUCAUCAAGAAUUCUUGGACAGAUAUACAUCGCUGUAUUUAAAUAUUUUGGAAGACAUGCCUGCUGGGGCUCCAUUGAAGAGCAGGAUGGAUACUGUCUAUGCGGAAGAGAAAUGGACUAUCCACGAUGCAAGCGUUGGUAUGCACCGUAUUUUCCUGUCUGAAAAGACAUGGAGGGAGCUUGAACACCGUCUCAAGGGUUCAGAUUCUGACAAGAAGGGCGAUAAGAAGGAUGAAGCCGUCAUGCUAACGCCUGGAACAGGGCUGGCCCCAACUCCAUCUGCGGUCGUCGAUGGAAUGGGAUUCCAGGGCGCAUUUGCAGGAUUAAACAACGGACUCGGCACGCCUGGCAGCUUCAGGGGAGAUAUCCCCAACAUGUCUGAGGAUGACCAGUCCAUCAACUCAAACACAGCGAUGGCAGCGCCGCUCCUACUGCAGCAGCAACAUUUGCAGCAACACCAAGAUAUGCUUCAGCAACAGCAGCCAGGUGGUUACUUCGCGCAACCACCUCAGGCAGGUUAUUUUUCCGGACUUCAUCCAGCUCACGCAUCCUUUAUGGCCAAUGAGAGGCUUGAGAACCGAUCCUUUUAUUCUGGAGAUGAUAAUCAGUCUGAAUAUGACCCAUAUAUGCGAGGAGCUGUAGGUGCUAACCGCUUCGAGAACGAGUCUGUCUACGGAGGCUCCGAGAUUUAUCGUCCUAACACACGUCUAUUUGGCGAUGCAGAGAAGCGUGGCAUGAUGAUGCAUGCUGACGGGGCCUUAACUGACCCUGAUCGUGAAGGCACCCUAGGUGAUGGCAAGGAUGGUCUCAAAAAGGAAGGCCUUGAGGAUGACGAGGAGGAGAAUGUGCCCGUUACCUCUGCACGUCGUAACUGGGUUUUUUUGACUUAUGCGCUUACGUGGUGGAUUCCUAGUUUCUUAUUGUCCAAGUGUGGCAGGAUGGCACGCCCUGAUAUCCGCAUGGCUUGGCGCGAGAAGGUUGCUCUCUGUAUCCUUAUUUUCUUCUUGUCCUUGAUCAUGAUCAUGUAUAUUGCUGUCCUGGGGGAGUUGAUCUGCCCUCAUCAGUAUGUCUACUCGCCUGGAGAGCUGUCGGAUCAUCAUGCCAAAUCCAAUAGGCCGUUGACGAUGGUUCGAGGAGAGAUUUUCGAUAUGAGGAAGUUUAUGGUUCAACAUAACCCCAGUAUUGUGACACAUACCCAACUACUACAGUAUGCAGGUAUCGAUUCCACCCCCAUCUUCCCAGUCCAGCCUAGCGCACUUUGUGAUGGUCUUAAUGGAUAUGGAUCCGCGUCAAUCGAUCCCUCGAUUCAGCUGCCUGAAUUGGGUGCAGUUGAUCCUAACAGCCGCUACCACGAUUUUCGAGAAUUUACUAAUGUUUCAAGGCCUGAUUGGUAUUAUCAGAAAAUGGUCUUUAUGCGGCAGUGGCGAGUCGGUUUCUUGGCCUAUACGCCAAAAUUUAUUAAGGAACAGGCUGCAGCAGACGGUAUUAAGAAGCGAUGGGCCAUUUUGGACGGUAAUGUCUAUGAUAUGACCAACUACAUCCAAGCUGGUAAUCAGGGCGUGGUCAGGACCAAAGCUGGGGAACAGACGCCCAAUGUCAACCCUGCAUUCAUGGAACCCUCGGUUGUGAGCUUGUUUUCGGUUAAUGCAGGAGAAGAUAUCACUAGCAAGUUCAAUGGUCUGCCUCUUGACAGCAACAUGAAGUUUGUCAUGAAGGUCUGUCUCCGAAACCUGUUCUUUGUCGGUCGUGUUGAUGAGCGUACAAGUUUCCGAUGCCAAUUUGCCAAUUAUAUGCUUCUAGUACCCUCCAUCUUGAUUGUUUGCACGAUUGGAUUCAAGUUCUUGGCCGCGUUGCAAUUAGGGUCCAAGCGAGAGCCGGAAGAACAUGACAAAUUUAUUAUCCUUCAGGUACCCUGUUACACUGAGGGUGAGGAGUCGCUUCGAAAGACGCUCGAUUCUUUGGCAGCCUUGCGAUACGACGAUAAGCGCAAGCUUUUGUUUGUGAUUGCAGAUGGAAUGAUUAUUGGAUCAGGAAACGAUCGUCCAACGCCGCGUAUUGUCUUGGAUAUCCUUGGUGUUGAUCCCAAUAUUGAUCCUGAGCCUCUAAGCUUCUUGAGUUUGGGCGAAGGUCAGAAGCAGCAUAACAUGGGCAAGGUUUACUCUGGAUUGUAUGAAUAUAAUGGACAUGUGGUGCCUUAUAUCGUGAUUGUUAAGGUUGGAACACCCACUGAGCGUCAGCGACCGGGUAACCGUGGCAAGCGAGACUCCCAGAUGAUUUUGAUGCGGUUCUUAAACAAAGUACACUUUAACUCGCCCAUGACACCCAUGGAGCUGGAAAUGUAUCAUCAAAUUAAGAAUGUCAUCGGCGUGAACCCAUCGUUUUAUGAGUACGUCCUCAUGGUGGAUUCGGAUACAGAGGUCUUACCAGAUUCGCUCAACAGGAUGGUAUCUGUCUUCUUGCACGACACGAAAGUAAUGGGAUUGUGUGGAGAGACCCAAAUUGCAAACGAGAAGGAUUCUUGGGUGACAAUGAUGCAGGUUUAUGAGUACUUUAUUUCUCACCAUUUGUCCAAAGCUUUCGAAUCUCUGUUUGGAUCCGUUACCUGUUUGCCUGGAUGUUUCUGUAUGUAUCGCAUUCGUACACCCACCAAGUCGACUCCACUACUCAUCUCAAACAACAUUAUUGAGGAUUAUUCGGAAAAUAAGGUGGACACUCUGCACAAGAAGAAUUUGCUCCAUUUGGGAGAAGAUCGAUACCUGACAACCUUGAUGUUGAAACACUUCCCUAAUUACAAGAUGACGUUUACUCCCGAUGCUCAGUGCAGAACCAACGUUCCAGAUCAAUGGAGAGUUUUAUUGUCACAACGUCGUCGCUGGAUCAACUCCACUGUGCAUAAUUUGAUGGAAUUGGUAUUCUUGCCUCAACUGUGCGGUUUCUGCUGUUUCUCCAUGCGAUUCAUUGUCAUGAUCGACUUGUUUGCAACACUGAUUAUGCCCGUGACCGUGGUCUAUAUUGGAUACCUUAUUUAUUCCAUUGUUGCCAAUGAUGGAUCGAUCCCUAAAUUGGCAAUCAUUAUGAUGGGUGCUAUCUACGGUCUUCAGGCAAUCAUCUUUAUCCUUAGACGCAAAUGGGAGCACAUUGGAUGGAUGAUUGUGUACAUCUUGGCCAUCCCUGUAUUCUCAUUCUAUUUACCUCUGUACUCGUUUUGGCACUUUGAUGACUUCUCAUGGGGUAACACACGUCUGGUAGUUGGUGAGAAGGGGCGAACCAAGGCUGUUUCUGCAGAUCAACUGGAAGGCAAGCUGUUCGAUCCCAAGACGAUUCCCCAAAAGAAGUGGUCCGAUUAUGAACAGGAAUUGUGGGAGGUCCAGACAACGGGUUCAUUAGAGUCAAAGGCAUCAAGAAUCCCAUACGGUGCUGGUUAUCCUCAACAACCACAACAGCAAUUCUAUAAUGACGGGCGAGGAUCAAGAGCUGGAUCGACCUACGGCGGUGCUAACAAUAUCCAUGGCAGUGGCGCCGAGAUUCCAAUGUCGACUAUGGGCGGCAUGAACAUUCCGAUGACAGUACCCUCAGGACCAUUCAUGGGAAGCAUGUAUGGUGGCAAUAGUCGUCCACAGUCUCCUGCGUUCGGAGGUGGCCCUGUUGGUGUUGUAGGAUCAAUGGGAACACCUGUGAUGCCGAAUGCCACAUUGAUCAACACUGCUGUCCCUGGUACUCCCACGCGAUCGUUUUCACCAGCACCUCAAUUCGCCUACAAUACUCAUCAACUUCAGCAGCAACCUCAGGUGCCAACACAACUGCAAAGCUUGCCACGAAACUCAUGGACAGCUGGAUCAAUUGUAGGGGGCCAAGUCGGUAAUGGAGCAGCAGGCUCGCGUAUGAGUACUUCAGACACACCCAUGAACCAAAACCAAAACAGAUUUUAA